AUGAGCUGUGGCACCAAGUCCUCGAGCAGCAGCACCACCAGGAUUAGCAGUGGAGGAGGUGGUGGUGGUGGUGGUGGUGGUGGAGGUGGUGGUGGUGGAGGUGGUGGUGGUGGAUCUCGUAGGUCUGGUGGAUACUCCUCCAUGUCGAGUAGGAAAUACACCUCCUCUGGAGGAGGUGGAGGCUUCUCUGGGAGAAGCUUUGGUGGAGGAAUCUCCAGGAGCAGCUAUGGAGGAGGCUUCAGCAGCGGCAGCUGUGGAAGGAUCAGCCGCAGCAGCUACGGGGGGAGGAUGAGUGGUGGCAGCUAUGGAGGGGGAAUGAGCUGUGGAAGCAUGGGAGGAGGGUUUGGAUCAGGUGGGGGUGGGUUUGGGUCUGGCAUGGGAGGUGGCUAUGGAUCUGGCCUUGGUGGAGGUAGCUUUGGUUGUGGUGGCUACAGCGGAGGUGGAUUUAGCGGCUUUGGGAGUGGCGGUGGUGGCUUCGGUGGUGGCAGCUUUGGUGGUGGCAGCUUUGGUGGUGGCAGCUAUGGUGGAGGUGGCUUUGGGGGGUUUGAAGAUGGGGGCCUGCUCUCCACCAACGAGAAGCUGACCAUGCAGAACCUCAACGACCGCCUGGCCUCCUACCUGGACAAGGUGCGGCGGCUGGAGGACGACAACGCUCAGCUGGAGCAGCUGAUCCGGGAGUGGUACCAAAGCCACGGCCCCACGGCUGCCAGGGACUACAGCCAGUACUACAGAACCAUCGAGGAGCUGCAGAGCCAGAUUGUUGGUGCAAAUGUGGACCUGAACAAGAUCCUCCUUGACAUUGACAACACCAGAAUGACUGUGGAUGACUUCAGGCUGAAGUAUGAGACUGAGUGCAGCCUGCACCAGAGCGUGGCCAGCGACAUCAACGGCCUGCGGCCACUGCUGGACCAGCUGACCCUGGCCAGGUCCGACCUGGAGACCCAGUUUGAGUCCCUGAAAGAGGAACUGAUCUACCUGAGGAAGAACCACGAAGAGGAGAUGCAAGGCCUGCAGACCCAGUCUGGAGGGGAUGUCAGCGUGGAGGUCAAUGCCACCCCUGGCAUUAACUUGAUGGAGAAGCUGAACGAGAUGCGCUGCGAGUACGAGAGGCUGAUCGAGAACAACCGCAAGGAGGUGGAGAGCUGGUACGAGACCAAGAUGGAAGAGGUUAACCAACAAGUCCACUCCAGUGGCCAGGAGAUCCAAUCCAGCAACCAGCAGAUCUCUGAGCUGAGACGAGAAUACCAGAGCCUGGAGAUCGAGCUGCAGUCACAGCUCAGCAUGAUAGAUUCCCUGCAGUCCAACCUGGACGACACAGAGCGGCGCUACAACCUGCAGCUGCAGCAGAUCCAGGCCAUGAUCGGCCCCCUGGAGGAGGAGCUGGCCAGCAUCCGCUGCGAGAUGGAGAGCCAGAACGAGGAGUACAAAAUGCUGCUGGGCAUCAAGACCCGCCUGGAGCAGGAGAUUGCCCAGUACAGGGCACUGCUGGAGGAAGGGCAGCAGGAUCUCGUGAUGCCAUCAGGAGGCUUGGGAGGAGGCAUGGGAGGUGGUAGAGGUGGUGGCUACACUUCUGGAGGAGGAGGAAGAGGAGGAGGAGGGGGUGGCAUGAGUGGUGGCUAUGGAGGGGGUGGCAUGAGUGGUGGCUAUGGAGGUGGUGGCAUUUCCUCUGGCAGUGGAAUGGGAGGAGGAAGCAGUGGAGGAAUGGGUGGAGGAGGAAUGGGAGGAGGAGGAAUGGGAGGAGGAGGAGGAAUGGGAGGAGUAAGUGGAGGAAUGGGAGGGGGAAGUGGUGGUGGCUGCAGUAACAUUGGAGGAGGAGGAGGCGGAGGAAGGACCUCAGGAGGCAUCAGCAGUUCCCACUCCUAUUCGUCAUCCUCCCAGUCCCAGUCCUGCAGGAGCGGUGGUGAAAGCCAAGGCUGUGGAAGGAGAUCUUUCGACUAG